CUGCCCAAUCUGUAUUAUACUAUUAUAUAUGUAUGUCACGAUCAUUCGUACCAAGUUUAAUAAUAAAGAAGGAAAUGUGCAGCCGCCAGUCAUCUUCUCGAGUUGGUCGCUCGCACCAACUGUACCUUCCAAUCUUCCACCACUCUGUCUCCGCUUGCGCUCUCUCUCUCUCUCCCUCUCUCUCUCUCUCUGCCGCGACCGGCCGGCCGGCCAUGGCGUCGCCGUCGGUGAUGCGGGUGACCAUGGAGGUGGACGCCGACGGCGUGGCGAUCAUCGCCAUCUGCAACCCGCCCGUCAACGCCCUGCACCCGGCCAUCUUCGACGGACUCAGCGAGAAGUACGGCGAGGCCAUGGCCCGCGACGACGUCAAGGCCAUCGUGCUCACCGGCGCUGCAAGCAAAUUCUGCGGAGGAUUCGACAUCAAUACGUUCGCACGGAUUCAUCAGACUGGAGACAUGUCACUGCUGCCAGACUCUGUUAAGCUUGUGUCACAUAUGAUGGAAGAGGGCAGAAAACCUUCUGUUGCAGCCAUCCAAGGCCUUGCCCUGGGCGGUGGACUAGAGUUGACUAUGGCUUGUCAUGCUCGCAUAUCUACCCCUGAAGCUCAACUUGGACUGCCAGAGCUAACUCUCGGCAUAAUUCCUGGAUCAGGGGGAACCCAGCGUCUUGCGAGGCUUGUGGGUCUGCCCAAGGCUGUAGAAAUGAUGCUGCAAUCAAAGUUUAUUACAGCAAAGGAAGGGAAAGAACUCGGUCUCAUUGAUGCCCUUUGCUCGCCUGAUGAAUUGAUAAAGAUGUCAUGCCGUUGCGCUCUGGAGAUUGCUACUUGUCGUAGACCUUGGACAAAAUCUCUGGGCAGAACAGAUAAGCUUGGUUCACUGUCUGAAGCUCGUGCUGUGUUAAGUAUGUCAAGACAGCAAGUGAAGAAGAUUGCAACGAGUAUGCCGCAGUACCAAGCCUGCCUUGAUGUUAUUGAAGAAGGUUUGUUAUUUGGAGGCCAUGCAGGUGUUCUAAAGCAGGAAAAUAAAGUUUUCAAGGAGUUGGUGCCAUCGAAAACAUCAAGGGCACUUGUCCAUGUCUUUUUGGCCCAGCGUUCUACUACAAAGGUGCCAGGUGUUACUGAUGUUCAACUGAAACCUAGGCAAAUUAGAAAAGUUGCUGUUAUUGGUGGCGGCCUGAUGGGCUCUGGAAUUGCAACAGCACUUCUUGUGAGCAACAUAUCUGUUGUUCUCAAGGAAGUAAACCCUCAGUUUCUGCAAAGGGGACAAAAGAUGAUAGCAGCUAAUCUUGAGGGCCUGGUCAAAAGGGGCUCACUUAAAAGGGACAGGAUAAGCAAGGCCAUGUCACUUCUCAAAGGCGCUCUGGAUUAUUCGGAAUUCAAGGAUGUUGAUAUGGUUAUUGAGGCUGUUCUGGAGAACAUUUCUUUGAAGCAGUCUAUAUUUUCUGACAUUGAGAAGGUCUGCUCACCACAUUGCAUAUUUGCAACAAAUACAUCUACCAUCGAUUUGAAUGUUGUCAGCGAGAAGACAAAUUCUCAAGAAAGAAUUAUAGGGGCACAUUUUUUCAGUCCUGCUCAUAUUAUGCCCUUACUUGAAAUUGUCCGGGCGGAGAAGACAUCACCACAAGCUAUCCUUGAUCUCAUCACACUUGGAAAGAGAAUAAAGAAAGUCCCUGUUGUGGUUGGUAAUUGCACAGGAUUUGCAGUCAACCGUGCUUUUUUCCCUUACGGACAAGGUUCCAAACUUCUAGUUAGUCUUGGUAUUGAUGUUUUCAGAAUUGAUCGAGUAAUAAGCAGCUUUGGAAUGCCAAUGGGACCAUUUCAACUCCAAGAUGUGGCUGGAUAUGGAGUAGGCUUGGCAACAAGACAAAUCUAUGCUGCUGCCUUUGGAGAACGAAAUUUUAGCAGUGAUCUAAUGGAUUUGAUGGUACAGGAUGGGCGGCAGGGAAAGAACAACGGCAAAGGUUAUUACAUUUAUGAGAAGGGCAGGAAGCCAAAGCCUGACCCAGGUGUUCAGCAUGUGAUUGAGGAGUACCGAAAGCGCGCAAAGACAAUGCCUGGUGGAAAGCCGGUGACUUUAACUGAUCAGGACAUACUGGAGAUGAUUUUCUUCCCAGUUGUGAAUGAAGCAUGUAGGGUUAUGGAUGAAAAUGUCGUGAUUCGGGCUUCAGAUCUUGAUAUUGCGUCUGUUCUUGGUAUGGGCUUUCCCAAGUACAGGGGUGGUCUUAUCUUCUGGGCUGAUACUGUGGGAGCGCCUUAUAUACAUUCAAGGCUAAGCAAGUGGGCUGAAAUUUAUGGUGCCAUCUUCAAGCCGUCAUCGUAUUUGGAACAAAGAGCUAAAAGCAGCAUACCAUUGAGCGCGCCGAGCACCUGGCUGCAAGCUUCGACGAGGUCUCGCAUGUGAGGUGCUACUUCAGCAGUCGGCAGCGCAAAUCGCUCAGUCAAUACACACCCAUUAACUCAAUGCAAAAGGAGGCCCAGAAAAUGUAACAUUGUUCCCGUUUCCCUGACCGGGCUUCCACGACGAUCACAGCAAUACAUGGCUAGCUAUGCAUCCUAUUGCAAAUGGUUAAUGGUAUAGUGUUUCCUGCCUGGAAAAUCUGUACAUGGCACAGUCAUCCGUUUGAUCAGAGCAAUAAGUGGAGGAUACAUAUGCAGCCUCCCCGUUUUUAUAUGUGUGCGUGUUGCAAAUCAAAUGUAAGCCACCUGCUUGUGUGGAGCAGAACUCGUACUCAAACGAUGAUUCUGUCACCAUUCAGAAAGGUGUCUAUGGUCCUUUACAAAUUCAGUUGGCUCGA